UGAUUUUGCAUUUCCGGGGGGAGAACUGUUUGUAAUCAAAACAGUUCUCCUCCCUGUCAGCUCCUGCACACUGCUUUGCAUGGCUGUGCUGUGCACAGCCGUGCAAAGCAGUGUGCUUACAGUGAACCACAAACACAGAACAUCAUAGUAAGACAGCACACAACUAACCCUUUGAUCGCUCCAGAUGUUAACCCCUUCAUGCCCAGCGCCAUUAGUACAGUGCCAGUGCUUUUUAUUAGCACUGAUCACUGUAUUGGUGUCACUGGGGAUGUCAGUGACAAUUAUUCAGUUCCCCCCAGUGCCCGCCGCAGUCCCCGCUAUAAGUCACUGAUCGCUGCCAUUACUAGUAAAAAU